AGCAACACCUGUUUGCAGAUGGGAAUCGGUUAGGUUUUAAUAUAACAGUGACAUUCGACGUGUUUAAAUGUGAAAUACUGUAAAUAAGCAAUAGUAGCCUACCAUAUUAUUAUUUCUAUUAGAUAAUUCGUUUGCACUCGCUUUCUGCCAGUGGCCCGAGUGAGUUAAAAUUAAACUGCAUUGCCCAAGUGCGCGCUCACACACCGACUCCCUCAUUUCAGCUCGCGCGCCUAGACGCCGCGUGUCAGAAGUUGAACAGCGCUGCAUCUCCGUAACGCGAGGAACUGCAAUAAACAACCUUUCCUGAAAUCCCAAACUAAAGCCCGGAAUCAGAAAAUGACAACUAAAAAGCAAAGUUUAUUGAGAGAGGCGUCUCAUCAGAUCAUUGCGGGUGGAUCAGCAGGUCUUGUGGAGAUUUGCUUGAUGCACCCAUUGGAUGUUAUGAAGACCAGGUUUCAAAUCCAAAGAGGGAAAGGUGACCCAAAUAGCUAUAAAGGCCUUGGAGACUGUUUCAGAACUAUAUAUCGCACUGAGGGAGUGUACGGCUUCUACAAGGGAAUCCUUCCCCCAAUUUUGGCCGAGACCCCAAAGAGAGCAGUGAAGUUUUUUACCUUUGAGCAGUACAAGAAGCUGUUGAGCUUUACUCCUUUAUCACCCGGCCUGGCUCUAUCUGUGGCUGGCCUGGGGUCAGGGUUAACCGAAGCACUGGUUGUAAAUCCAUUUGAAGUAGUGAAAGUGAGCCUACAGGCCAACAGGGAUUCAUUCAAAGUGCAACCCUCUACGUUCGAACAGGCCAGAACUAUUAUAAAAGCAGACGGCUUUGGCCUCCGUGGACUUAAUAAGGGCCUGACCUCCACCCUCGGACGGCAUGGCAUUUUCAACAUGAUCUACUUUGGUUUCUACUUCAACGUUAAAGAUGCCAUACCUGCCAGUCAGGACCCUCGACUGGAAUUCGUGAGGAAAUUUGCCAUCGGUUUGGUUUCAGGAACAGUCUCGUCCUGUGUGAACAUUCCUUUUGAUGUCGCUAAAAGCCGUAUACAGGGUCCUCAGCCUGUUCCAGGGCAGAUCAAGUACCGUAGCUGCUUUCAGACCAUGGGCCUUGUGUACCGUGAAGAAGGAUAUCUCGCCUUAUACAAAGGACUGAUACCCAAGAUAAUGAGGCUUGGACCAGGAGGCGCAGUUAUGCUGCUGGUUUAUGAAUAUGUAUCUGGCUGGUUGCAGAAGAACUGGUGAUAAUCUGCGCAUCACCAUCAGUCUUUACUCCAUCGUCCCCCAGGUCUAUCAAACAGCAAUCACACUACCAGUUCAUCAGACAUGUGACAUGUAGACUCUCCAUAAUGCUUUACAACAGCACAGUCACUCCCUGGAUCUAUACUUGACAUUCUAACACUUAUAACAGAACAUAUCGGAGAGUGACCUGUCCGCAUGCCAGAAUAUGUAAUAACCAGCUCUACACACCCUAAAUGAAAAUGCCAAAUAGACACAGCACCUCAUUUUUAAUUUAAAUUAAGACUGAAUUACUCAAGCCUGAGGGAUCCAUCUACUGUCUUUGGAUGGCUAACUGAGGACUGUGACUAUAUUAGAUUUAGUUUGCAAAUUGGAUUUCUGAGACCAGAAUAUCCAAUACUUUCAAAGCCAAACUCUAGCAAUGUUUCAAAUUCGGAGUGUAAACAACAUUUGCAAUGACACUUCAAUAUAUGUUUACCUAGGAAAUGUGAAAUUGGCAAAUUUAGACAAAAGCACUAAUUGAAUUAUGGAAAUUCAAAUUAAACUGAAGUAUUCUGUGAUUUCAAAAUCAUUUUGUGAGAAAAAAAAAAAAAUUAUAAGGUCUUGUAUCCCAAAGUGGUUAAAUUUAUUCAUGUAAUGGCUGUGUUUUGCUAAUAAACGAUAAAUCGGUGGAUAAAACUCUUUUAUUGUAAAAUGGCUAACUCCUGGAGGAAGAUUGUAAAAACUACUAAUCAUUUGCUAGCAGAUUAAAUGUUUUGGCCUUAUAAAAAAAAUAAAUAGCCUUUACCCUUUUUUAGGA